GACUUGGAUGAAACAUUAGUCCAUUCAGUUCGUUUAGGCUCAGAAACUUCUUCUCUUCACAAUAAAGUGAGUCCAACUAUUAAACGAAAGCAUAUUGAAGUUCUUUGCUCAAAUCAUGAUAACAAACAACUUUCGAUAAUUUAUGAAGUUUAUAAACGACCUCAUGUGGAUUUCUUUUUAAAGACAAUUAGUCAAUGGUAUCGAGUUGUUAUUUACACAGCUUCAAUGGCAGAAUAUGCUGACCCUGUGAUAGACUGGCUUGAUCAAGAUAAUUUAAUUUCACAACGACUCUUUCGACAAUCAUGCAUACUUCAAAAUGGCAACUUUUUAAAGGAUAUUACAUUAGCAGAAAAGGAUCUAUGUAAAGUAUGUCUUGUAGAUAAUAGUCCUAUUUCAUUUGAUUUGUACAAAGAAAAUGGUAUUAUUUUACCCACAUGGAUAUCAAAUCCUAAUGACGAAAGCUUAUUGGACCUUUUACCUUUAUUGGAUGCACUUCGAUUUGCUGCUGAUGUUAGAAGCAUCUUACGAUUGCAG